UUGGUAUUUCUCAGUACAAGAGUACUGGUAUUUAUACAGGUUAAGUCCCCGUGUCUUUCAUUUGAAAUCUUGAGCCCCUCCUGGCGACAAGAAAAAACCCUGUCCAAUGAAAGGGGGUAUGAAGAAGGGCAAGUGGUCCAAGGAGGAAGACAAUCUGAUCAAAAACCACAUUGAGAAGUAUGGCAUUGGCUGUAGCUGGCAGGGAUUAUCCAAUACUUUAGGGCUUCGGCGCUGCGGCCGGAGCUGCCGUUCCAGGUGGCUGAACUACCUCCGUCCCGGGCUGAAGCACGGCAGCUUCACGCCGGCGGAGGACAGGAUCAUCUGCGAGAUGUACAGACAGAAAGGAAGCUGCUGGUCCGUCAUCGCCGCCGAGCUCCCCGGGAGGACGGACCUCGCCAUCAAGAACUACUGGAACAGCACGCUCAAGAAGCGGUUCCCCCGCGCGGCGAAGAGCCGCCGCCGCCGCCGCCGCCGCCGCACCGGUAGCACGAGCAGCACGUCGUCCGACGCCACGAGCCUGGACCUCGGACUGGAGGAGAGCAUCAGCGGCACGGCGCGCAACCUCCCUCUGGUCGUGUGCAAUGAGGGGGACAGUGCCACUGCCACCACGGCGAGGCACCUCCCUCUGGUCGUGUACAACGAGGCGAGCGCCACGGCAGAGUCCUCAUCGAGCGACGCCGGCGCCGUCUCGGCCGGCUCGCCGGUGCAAGCGCGAGCCCAGCCGCCGCCGCUGCCCGCCGCCGCCGCGAACGAGGAGCCGAUCGCGGCGGUCCCGGUCAGCGGGCCGGUGAAGAUGGAACCGCGGACGCCGCCACCGCCUGCUGAUGAAACCAGCGAGGAGAUGGACGUGGGCUGCUGCCCCAUGUCUCCGCUCCCCCUGGGGUUCAUGGAUGAGCCGGACCUUCCCUGCAUCACCAUGGGUCUGCCUCACGUCGCCUGUUUCGACGACAUCGACAGCUUCCUCUCCUACUUUGACCACUGA